UGAAGCAGGAGAACUAUAACAGAUGAUUUAUUGGGGUUAAAUCGUCACCCCAUUUCUUUUCUACACCUCUCUUAAAGUGCUCGUCAACUGGAGUUUUGUUAUUUCAACUGUGAAUGUGUUGCCUGUUAUAGUGAUCGCAGGUAUUGAAUGUUUUACAGCUUUCUUGGCAAGAUCAUGUCGCAUAAAAUCGUUUCAUGUAGGUAAACCUAUGACACCUAUUCAUGAGCUGAAGAAGUAGGCGUACUUGCCCAAUUUUGCACUUGCAAUACCACUGGUUAAAACUGGGGUGGCUAAAUGCCGUUUUCGAACUUCACGUUUCACGACAGUUAUUGUGUGACUCAAGGAAACAUAUUGUGAACUGUUUGUUUGUUACCAUCAAGUAAUAUAUAAGGUGAAUGAGAAAAGUGCUAGUCCUAAAAAUACUCUCAGCCUUUCAUAAGAAAUUGGGACUAUUUUAUGAAGCUCGUCCAACUAUUCAGUUGGUACGAACGAACUGUGUCAGGGCGGGAAGCGGUACUGCCUGGCUGGCGAAGCGUCGUGUUAUGAUGACCGCUGUAUCUGCCAUCCAGACUUUGUGGGCAGAGGAGACUUCUUUUGCCAUAGCCCAUUUCCGGGUAUGGACCAAGCUGAGUGUGGAGGCUGGUGACUGGCAGGCCACUGACCUGCCCUACCGCUGGCUGCACGGGGUAGAACUGGAGGCAGACUUACCCAACAACCGGAUCUGUUUCUUCGUAGGGCCGUGUGGCUUCCGUAUGGCAUUUCGGCCAGGUGACGUCACACUGGGCAAGGAUCAAACUCAGGUUCCAGGUCUCGCUCUGGCGUUCAAUAAAAACCACGCUCCUCAGUGGAAAUCUCUGGACCAGGUGAUACUUCUCCCGCCGUCGGGCGUGACUGCGGACAAAGUGGCCAAAGGACUGGGCCUGUCUACCCACAACGCUCUCCUCUACCGCUCUCUCACUGGCGACGCACACCAAAGCUUCCCGUAUGCCCCACCAUCAUGCGCUGAUGUGGUCUACACCGCCUGGAAAUGCACUGACAAAAUGCGACGGUCGGAGGCCUUUGCCAAGUGUAGCUUCAUCUUGACGUCAACUAAUUUUGUGCACUGCUGGAGUGCGGGAGAAAAGGAUCCACACUCUUUCGAAAGGGUUCUCAAACUGUUCGGCGAAUGUCUUGCAGCUUUUUGUCAGAUUAAUUUCACUAAGUGUGAGAAAGUCGUUCAUCAAGUCAGACAUGAAAUGUGUUCCCAUCACGUCCCAGCAGAGCUGAAGAAGUUCGACUGCAAAACUUUCUCUUCCUAGGUUUUCUUAACCCUAUCCGUACGUCGUGUUUUACUAUCGUAUCCAUACGACGUGGGGACCUCUGUGCCCCCACUU